CCACAUCUUCUUUCUCAUCAUCUUUUCUUAGCAUAAUCCAUUAGAAGUAGAGAGUGUAAAAGAGAGAGAGAGAGAGAGAGAGAGAGAGAGAGAGAGAAAGAGAGAUGGCUAUGAAGAAUUGUUUUCAAGUAUGCACUAGUGGUAGAGGUGGUGUAGUGCAAUGUUCACAGCCAUUGAAGAUUCAUUUGCCGACUUCUUGUAAAGGAAUAUUUAAUAUAGCAAAUAAAGAUCUUUUAUCCUUAUCUUCUUCUUCUCUCAGGCUCAAACCCAGAAGCCAAAAAGCUCGUUUUGUUUGCAAGGCUCGUGAAGCUUUAAAUGAAGUUCAAGCGGUUACAGAUUCAAGCUGGGAUAAUCUUGUCAUUUCCAGUGAAAACCCAGCUCUGGUGGAGUUUUGGGCACCAUGGUGCGGACCAUGUCGGAUGAUAGCACCGGUGAUCGAUGAAUUGGCAAAAGAAUAUGCCGGAAAGAUUUCAUGUUUCAAGGUAAACACCGAUGAGUGCCCAAAUAUUGCCAACAAAUAUGGAAUAAGAAGCAUACCAACUGUGCUGUUUUUCAAGAAAGGAGAGAAGAAAGAAAGUGUCAUUGGAGCAGUGCCCAAGACAACCUUGUCUAGCACUAUAGAGAAAUACAUUGAUGCUUGAAAGUUGACACAAUUUAGACAACUACAAAGCUCUACCACCUUAUGAUUUAAAAUAUGUUUCUUGUAUUUAAUGUAAAAAUGCAACCAUGGAUUCACCUUUCCAAAUUCUGCACAAAUAUCCAUUAAUCUACGGUACCCCUUGUUUAGAAACUAAGUAAUUUUGAAUUCCAUAACAAUAAAUUCGUAAGUGAAA